CCAGUUCACUUUCACACCGUUCUAGAAACGCGUCUUAAAAUUUAGGCUCAUGCAACUUCUCCUGCCAGUUCCCUUUAGACACCUUUCCACAUUUUAAGCAAUUUUGGCUUUCCGCACUUGGGGGUCGCGUGAAAGAUUCUUCUACUUUUAUUCAGACUGCUUGACUGCAGCUGCUAUUUAAUUCUGAUGUUUUCAGCUCAUCUUCGUCUGGAGGAUGAUGCAGAGCACCAGGUCAGGAAGCAGCGAGCUGGAGUUCAUCGCAUUCUCCCCCCUUACUCCUUUUAGUAACCCCGAUUUAGCCACAGUUAGCGGGCCAACCAAAGACUUGCGUCAUCUGACAGGUGGAUCUAUGCCAAAUACCUGGGAUAGAAGAUGCAUGAGGAAACAGAGGAGAAGGACAGACGAUGAAAGCUGCAGCCCUAAACGGCGAAAGCUGAUGGGAGAGGAAGGAGCAGAUGAGUAUCCAAAUCCUAAAGUGUGCCAAAGAUGGUCUGUGGAGUCUGUCACCACUUCUCCUUCUGAGACCAGCCCCGUUCAACUGCAGACUGAACCCAGGACAGAGGAGAUGAGUCUGCCCUUUACACCCACUCCUCCUCCGUUACCCAGAGUUCCCACGGAAGGCUCAAGCAUGGAGGUAGAGGCCACUCAGAGGAGACUGCAGGAGAUAGAAGACAGGAUAACUUUGGAGGAUGACAGUGAUGAAGAAGAGCUUGACGUUGAACCGGCUCAACGCAGACCAGUGCUGGUGAUGUCCGACAGCUUAAGAGAGGGGCUACAGCGAGGGAUUGGUGACAUUCUACCCCAAACGGUGGCACAGUCAGUGAGCUGCUCCUGCAUGGAACUGGUGCUGUGGCGCCCCCCAGAGGACCCUCUCACCCAGAGGCUGAAGGACUCUUUACAGAAACAGCAGCGCAAGCAGUUGUCAGUGAGCAGACAGACUCCCACCCCUGUACCGCCCAUCAGCAGCCCCCCACACCAACCCCAGUUCACAGCCCCCGGCGAGCAGACUUUCAGCCCGCUCUUCAGCAGCCCUGCGCCCCUCAACUCUGGAGAGGAAGACAUGGAGUUAUAGAGGGAAACCUUCACCAAAACCCUUAGCGUGUGGAGAAAAAAAAAAAAAAAAAAAAAGCUUUGAACUUUAUCCGUGCAAAACGAGGAAUUGCCACAUGGAGCACUUCACAAAUGCUCGCAUGAGGUUUCUCUUGUGCCAUGCAUUUUUUUGCUUCAACCUGCACUUCGUUUGUAGGUGGGACCAUAUUUGCACUAGACUAAUUUGGAAGUGUCCUACGUGGACGUGGUCAGUGGUACAUUGAUUGAAUGUGCUUUUGCAGCUUCAUAAUCACUCUGUUCGCUGUUGAUAGCUGUGAAUAUUCAAACACAUUACUGGUUAACGGUGCAAAAUAUUUUAGGUUUGUCUUUAUGCAGUUAGUAUCGUUUAGUUUCUCGAAUACUGUGUACAAAUUCAGAGCACUUGAUUUGUUACAAUCUUCCACAUUAUUUCCACGCGAUAUUUGCUUCUCUGUUGACAUCCAACUGGUCAAAACCUUUAUUUUCAUCUUCAUGGUGUUCAUAUUUUUUUGUUGUUUGUUCGUUUUAAAAUUUGAUGAAAUGAAUGGGAGAUUGAUGUAGGAAGUGUUACCAUGUGCUCUUCGACUGGACAAACUGAGACAGGAGCACUAAUCUUCAUAACCGGUUUAACUACACAACAAAAAUAUGAUUGUUGGAGGAGAUAUGUUAAUUUCAGUUCUUCAUAUUAACAGGUUUUAUUUUCUACUUAAAGAACAAAUAGCACUAAAUCUGGCUGUAAUUAUUAAAUAACAGUAAAAUAAGCUGCAAAUCCAUUUUGCACUCGGUUUUAAACAUCUGCCUAAAUUAUUGAUAAAAUGUUUUGUUUGACCUUUUAGCAAUUUUUAAACAUUUUGCCAAAUGUCAAUAAUAUAAAAUUUGCAAAUAUUGACUAUAUUACACUAUGACAGACUUGUUUUUAAAUAAAAUCGGUUUGGCAUCAUACUA